GGGAUUAAAUCAAUCAUGUGGGUGAAAUUUAUGAUCAACAUCUUGUUACUGAGUGUUCUUUUUAAAUCUGGCACUUUACAGGAUGGUUGUCGUGAUAUAAUUCUCUUCAUGAAUUCACCAAAAACCCUGCAGGGUCUGAGUGGAUCUUGUUUACACAUCCCGUGUAGCUUCAGUGCUAAGAGAAGUAACUCAGUUGAGUUUGAUGGUAAAAGAAAAGUUGUUGGAGUGUGGAUCAAGGACAACCAAUGGGAAAUAGAAAAUACAGUUUACAACAGCAGUAAAUCAGUUAACAUCUAUCCAAUGAAUAUAACUGGAGACCUGAGUCAGAAAAACUGCACCACUUUGUUUUCUAACCUCACCCAGAGUUAUACAAACAGUUACUACUUCAGAGUUGAGAAUGAUCCAUUAAAAGCAACAGCUGGUUGUGAUUCUCUUCAAAUUAAUGUGAGAGAUACUGCUUGGAGUCCCAGCAUCAACAUCUCAGGUGAUGUGAAGGAUCUGAAGGAGAAGGAGUCUGUCUCUAUCAGCUGCUCAGCUUGGACUCCCUGUCCACUCUCACCUCCUGAACUCACCUGGAGUCUCCAACAAGACUCUCAGAGACAAACAGAGACAAACCCAGAUGGAACCUUUACAAGUAAAAUCCAGGAGAACACGACUCUGUCAGACACACAUGAUGUCACAUGUUCUGUCAGAUAUCCUGUGGAUGGAGGGAAACGUAACAAGACAGCAGAAACUAAUCUGACUCUCAGUGUUUCCUAUGCUCCUAAAAACACCUCAGCAUCCAUCAGUCCAUCAGGUUUGGUGUCAGCAGGUAGCUGGGUGGAGCUGAGCUGCUCCAGCAGAGCCAAGCCUCCUGUCAGAACCUUCACCUGGUUCAGGAACACCACAGGUGGAUUUACUAAUGUUUCUGAGGUACAGGUUUACAGAUUCAACGCCACUGAGAGAGGAGAGUUUUACUGUGUGGCUACAAAUAAUCUGGGUAACCAGACAUCACCUGUGAUCCGUGUCAUUGUUAAAGGUCCACCGAAUAAAUCACAUACAUCUCUACCCUUGCCACUGAUUAUUGGAGGAAUAAGUGCAAUAAUUUUGCUGAUUGUGCUUAUUUUAACUAUCAUGUGUUUGAGACGAGCAAAGAACAGAAAUCCWUCUGUGCAACAGCCACAGGAUCAAACCAGCAAAGAAGAASGAGUUCAGAGGUCCGCAGAAGAAAAAGAAGAGGAAGAAAUCCAUUACGGAGAAUUUAAAUUCUCUAAUCAAGCGUCUAACUCGCGYUCCAGCACCACACCUGAACAGGAUACCRUCUACGCCCAAGUUAAYGUGUCUGCAAAGCCCUCACUGAAGACCGCUGCCGGUCCUGAAGAUCUCUACGCACAAGUUAACGUGUCUGCAAAGCCCUCAACGAAGACUGUUGCAGGUCCUGAAGAUCUCUACGCAGAAGUCAAGAAGAAAUGAGUUCUGUUGUUUGGAUACAAUUUGUU